AUGUCAGCCGCCGCAUCUUCCGCGAUCUCCGUCGCUACCAACCCCCUCAAGAGCCUGACUCUCUCCUCCAGAUCGCCUCUCCCAUCCGCCAUUUCCGUCGCUUUCCCUUCUCGCAACCGCGAUGCUCCUCGUCGGCGUCUCAUUCUCGUGUCCUGCACCGCCGGAGACGGAUCCAAGCCUACGAUCCUCGUCGCCGAGAAGCUCGGCGAGGCUGGUGUAAAGCUCUUGGAGGAUUUCGCGAAUGUCGACUGCUCGUAUAACAUGACGCCCGAGGAGCUCAACACGAAGAUCUCGCUCUGUGACGCGUUGAUCGUUCGGAGUGGGACCAAAGUUGGGCGUGAGGUGUUCGAAUCGUCUCGCGGACGCCUCAAGGUUGUUGGACGCGCCGGUGUUGGGAUCGACAACGUGGAUCUGAGCGCAGCCACGGAGUUUGGGUGUCUGGUCGUCAACGCGCCGACGGCGAACACGAUCGCUGCCGCUGAGCACGGAAUCGCACUUAUGGCUGCCAUGGCCAGGAACGUCGCACAAUCUGAUGCGUCCGUUAAGGCUGGAGAGUGGAAGAGGAACAAGUAUGUGGGUGUUUCACUUGUUGGAAAGACGCUUGCAGUGUUGGGAUUCGGGAAAGUUGGGACGGAAGUUGCUCGUCGUGCCAAAGGUCUUGGCAUGCGUGUCAUCGCUCAUGAUCCCUAUGCCCCAGCAGACCGUGCACACGCCAUUGGUGUUGACCUAGUGAGCUUCGACGAAGCCCUCGCCACCGCGGAUUUCAUUUCUCUGCACAUGCCUCUUACCCCAGCAACAAACAAGAUACUAAACGACGAGACCUUUGCCAAGAUGAAGAAAGGAGUUCGCAUCGUCAAUGUUGCUCGUGGAGGUGUCAUAGACGAAGACGCGUUGGUGAGAGCCCUGGAUUCUGGCAUCGUUGCUCAGGCUGCACUUGAUGUAUUCACUAAAGAGCCACCGGCUAAAGACAGCAAGCUCGUGCAGCACGAGAGGGUCACUGUGACACCUCAUCUUGGAGCCAGUACAAUGGAGGCUCAGGAAGGAGUUGCCAUCGAAAUUGCUGAAGCUGUUGUUGGAGCUCUGAAUGGAGAGCUUGCUGCUACUGCAGUCAAUGCACCUAUGGUUUCUGCUGAGGUUCUGACUGAGCUGAAACCGUAUGUGAUACUCGCUGAGAAAUUGGGGAGACUAGCGGUUCAACUGGUGGCUGGAGGAAGCGGCGUGAAAAACGUGAAAGUCUCAUACACCUCGGCACGAGCCACUGACGACCUGGACACAAGACUGCUUCGAGCCAUGAUCACCAAGGGAAUCAUCGAGCCAAUCUCUGACGUAUAUGUGAACUUGGUGAACGCCGAUUUCACAGCCAAGCAGAGAGGUCUCAGGCUCUCGGAGGAGCGUGUGCUCUUGGACGGGUCACCAGAGAACCCGUUGGAGACAAUAACGGUUCAGCUAGGCAACGUGGAGUCCAAAUUCGCGAGUUCGUUGUCAGAAUCAGGAGAGGUGAAAGUGGAAGGAAGGGUGAAAGACGGAGUGCCGCAUUUGACAAAGGUUGGAUCAUUCGAGGUGGAUGUGACUCUUGACGGUAGCAUCAUACUGUGCAGACAGGUGGAUCAACCAGGUAUGAUCGGGACGGUCGGGAGCAUCCUUGGAGAGUCUAACGUCAAUGUUAACUUCAUGAGCGUUGGAAGAAUCGCACCGAGGAAGCAGGCGAUUAUGGCGAUCGGAGUAGAUGAUCAGCCAAGCAAGGAGACUCUUAAGAAGAUUGGGGAAAUCCCAGCGGUCGAGGAGUUUGUCUUCCUCAAGCUCUAG